AUGACUGCUGUCAAUGAUGACUAUUGCGACUGUGCUGAUGGCAGCGAUGAACCAGGAACUUCUGCUUGUGCCAAUUCAUCAUUCUACUGCAAGAAUGUCGGGCACAUUGGUCAGUCUAUUCCAAGCUCUCGAGUCAAUGAUGGUGUAUGCGAUCCAGAAUGCUGUGAUGGGAGUGACGAGUUCAGUGGAUCCACCAAGUGCCCCAAUAAUUGUAUUGCUUCUGCCAAUGCAUACAAAAUAAACAUGGAAGCAGAAAUGGCCAUCAUCAACCAGGGUGUUAAACAAAGAGAACAGUUGAUUGCUCAUGCUGAGGCUGGAAAGUCGAACCGAGAGGAGCAAGCCAAGGCGCUUGGUCGAACAAUCAAAGUGGCUAACCAACGUAUUUCUACAUUCAAAGAUAUUUUGGAGCAAGCCAAAGUAUACGAGAAACAAAGGAUUCAAAAAGAAAAUCUGGAUAAAAAGAUUGCCUGUGCUACUCGAUUACAAGAUCUGCGUAACGAGUAUAAACAUACUCUUCAUGCAGCUCAAUCGAUUCAAUCCAAACAUCAUGCGCUUGUUGACGCUAUCACCAAAUUAUACACACUGCCUGAAAGUAUUCGUAAUGAUCCAAUCAUUCAGUCUCUUAUCGAUGUGGCAAACCUCAACGGAAUUGAUUCUGCUGAAAUCAUUCCUAGUAGUGAUUCGCAGCAACUAGAAAAUAUUCAAGAUUACACGGUCGACGAGAUUGAACAAGUGUUGCCUGAUCCCUGUAAUGAUACCGAUGUGCCUUUUGGUGUAUGUGUCGCUUAUUCGGUAUACUACUCUGCAUUGUACAUCAAGGAUGGUAUAUUGGCUCCCGUGCACUGGAGUGGUUGGAAAUGGCUAUACCAAAACUUGAUGGAAAUGGGCGAUCCAGAUGCAAUCUACAAAAAUCCCAACCAGGCAAGAGAAAUGCUUCAAAAUGCCGAGCGAGAUUUACAAACAAUGCAAAACCAACUAGACGAUAUUGUCAAUAUGGACAAAUUGGACAUGGGUCCACAUCAUGAAUGGGAGGGUCUAUAUAAAAAGUGUAUCAAGUUUGUUGCACCCGAAUACACUUAUGAGGUCUGUCCACUUGAGACUGUAAAACAAAUCAUCAAAGGAGAAGGCGAUGUGACUCUUGGAUCGUUUACUCGAUGGGGAAGACGCGAUACUACCAAGCCGAGUGAGCCCUAUACGGCCAUGAUGUUUGAGAAUGGUCAGCAGUGUUGGAAUGGCCCAUCGCGAUCUGUUGAACUCGUUUUACGAUGUGGAACAGAGUUUAAGAUUGUGAGUGUGAAUGAGCCCAGUAAAUGCGAGUAUUACAUGGAAGCAACAUCUCCCACCGUUUGUAAACGUAUCGAGGUGAUUGAACAUGACAAGACUGAGCUGUAA